AUGGAAUGCAAUAUCACCGUCUUCAAGGGCCAUGCCGCUGACUAUUUAGACGUUCUGAUAUUAUGUGGUGGUCGGUUCCAGGUCUUGUGUCCACGUGAAUUAGGAUGCAAACCCCCCGACGACGCCCGGGAGGCGCCCCCCGCCCGCCCGCGCCGCGACGCGUCCCCCGAGGGGCCGACGCAGGGCGCCCGGCCGGCCAGCUACGGGAUCUUCCCCGAGGAUUACGACCAGUUCAUCCCUCCCUCUCCUGGCGAUGGAAGUCCUCUGCCUGUGGUUUUCAGCGUCAAAGUGAGAGAGAUUCUUGAUAUAAACGAAGCUGAAAUGGAUAUAACGAUCGAGUGGUAUAUAAGAAUGUACUGGACCGACGCCCGACUCCGCCCGCCGAUGGAUGCCUUCACCAAUUCUUCUAUUUGGGUUAAUAUAGACCCCGCUUUGACUUCCCGGAUGUGGCUGCCGACGACUUAUAUAGAUCACGUGAAGGAAAUUCGAAUGCCUUCCCUCCUCAUUCUCCCUCAUUCGCUCCGCAUAGCAACUUCCGGCCUCAUGCGAUAUUCUAUGGCUGUAAUCACGAAGCUAGCGUGUCCGAUGGAUUUUAGCGCCUACCCUUUCGAUCAGCAAAAGUGCUACAUGAAACUUGAGAGCUGUAAGUGAACGGUGUGAUAGUAAGUGAAUUUGUAUUUGGAAACAUGCACAUAAACACACAUGAACUCGUAUUCGUACACGCACGCAGAUACACAUGGGCAAACGUUCACAUACGCUUUCUGUUUCUCUCUCUGUCUCU